AUGGACCGCUUUUAUACUUCUGUAAAAUUAUUUGAAAAGUUGUUUGAUGAGGGCACAUCUGCUGUUGGCACAGUAAUGAGAAACAGAAGAGGCCUACCACAGGAAUUCAAACAGAAUAAACUAAGAAGAGGUGAAAUCGUAUUCAAGAGAAAAAAUUCCGUGCUAGCACUUCACUGGAAAGAUACUAGGGAUGUGUUUGCCCUUUCUACCAAGCAUAGAAUGACAAGUAGUGUUACUAAGACAAAAUCCAAGGCUGGAAUGGUAGAAAAACUGAAGCCUGAUCUCAUACUUGAUUAUAAUAAAAAUAAAACUGGUGUUGAUCAUGGAGAUCAGCUGGUGACCUACUAUUAUUUUCAACGACGAACAAUGAAAUGGUGGAAAAAGGUAUUUUUUCAUGUAUUUAUGAUGUGCUUGGUCAAUUCUUACAUUCUGUACAAGAAACUUCGGCCUGUCUCUCACAAACGAACCAGCUUGUUUACUUUUAUGGUGAACCUGGGAAAACAAAUACUGGAGAAAUCCGGUGAAGUUUUCAACGAAAAUGAAAAGCAGGGUCCAGCAGCAAACAGGCUAACAGCAAGGCAUUUCCCCACUCACGUCCCAUCGACAACAAGCAAGAAAUAUGCAUCAAGAUAUUGCAUUGUUUGCUCUGAGAAGGGCGCACGGAGUACUGGCAAACGAGUGAGAAGGGAGACGAGAUGGUGGUGUGAAGAAUGUAAUGUAGGAUUGUGUCUACCUGACUGUUUCAAGCAAUAUCACACAAAGACAAAUUUUACUCAAUGA